AUGAAUGACGAUGUACUAUUUAAGAAAAUAAAAUUAAAUGUUGGUAUUGAAAUGAAUCUUUGUUGAUAGGAAGUUAUGUGAUGCCAUCAGAUGAAAAUAAGACAGAAUCUAAAUCAUCUAUACUGUAGACAGAAGCUUAAAGAAUUUUCAAUUAAUAUUCUCAUCUACUAAAAGAGGAAAAAAAAUCUCAAGCUUUUAAUUAAAUAACAUAAUAAACUAGUGGAUUUAUAAAACGUUUAGAAGAGCAUCGUUCAAUUAUGAAGACAUAAAUAGAAUUGUAGUUAAAAAUAUGUUAAGGAAACAUAUUAUUAUAAAGAGCAUUAAGUGGGAUUGAGAUAAAGAAAUGAA